AAUGAUUUGCCGAUUCCGACCAAUCCCCGGCCGGCUCUCAUCGAGCGUGUUUACACCUGAAAAUACCCAGCGAUGGUUCACGACGGGAACAAGGACGAGGCGGAGAAAUGCUUGAACUUGGCGCAGAAACACUUUAAGGAGGGCAACAGGGACAAGGCCAAGAGGUUCGCGCAGAAGGCGGAGAGGCUGUACCCGACGAAGGAGACCGAAGCCUUCCUUGAUUUGCUGAAUCGACUAAACGACACAACGAGCCACACACAGCACAGCAAUGGCACGGCUGGGAGUGACGGAGACAGAGGAGGGGGCGGAGGGGGCCGGGGAGGGGGCACUAGCAGUGAGGGUUUCCGACAACGACGCACAGCAAGUGCAAGUGACGAAAGAACAGGCUCUUCAAACAGCACCUCCCCGAAUUCUACAGGGGAGUACACCCAGGAGCAGGUGGACUCUGUGAAAAGAAUCAUGAGGUGUAAAGAUUACUACGAGAUUUUAGGCCUGACAAAAGAUGCAACAGAGAGUGAUCUCAAGAAAGCAUAUAGGAAGUUAGCACUACAAUUUCACCCUGACAAAAACAAGGCACCCGGAGCAGGAGAGGCUUUUAAAGCUGUAGGUAACGCCUUUGCUGUGCUGAGCGACACUGAGAAGAGAAAGCAGUAUGACCUCUAUGGCCAUGAAGAGCAGAGUUCCACCAGCCACCAUAGAAGCUCCGGUGCCCAUGACUUCACUCGAGGUUAUGAGGGUGACAUGACCGCCGAGGAGCUGUUCAACAUGUUCUUCGGGGGCGGGUACCCUGGGGGCAACGUGUAUGUGCGCCGGGGAGGGCGAUGGGAGCGUGCUGGCCACGGAGGGGGCGGCCCGAGGUACCACGGGCAGCAGGGGCACCACCACCAGGCAGCACACUCGGAGCAGUCAAACCUCUCAGUGUUUCUGCAACUGAUGCCUCUCCUGCUCAUCCUGCUGCUGUCCUUGGCCUCGUCUCUGCUGUCGUCCGACCCCACCUACUCCCUCUCGCCCACCAG